GCAGCGUCAGCCAUUUUGAAUCCGCCUCUUCUCUUCCACCACAAAUUGCUCCACCCCCGUCCCCUUCAGCAUAUCAUGGCUGACGGUAAAUCCUCUCCUGACCUCCGCGACCCGUCGCACCAAGUCCGCAAUGCGAGCUCGGACGGCGACGACGAUGCCGUCCUGGCGCAGCUUGGGUGCGUCUCCUUUUCUCGUGGUCUAGCACUGCGAGAUACAAGUCUGAGUUUAUCAGAGAAUUUGGCAACCUGGAGACUUUCAGUUUUGCCAUGAGUAUCAUGGGUAUGACUGCAUCUAUCGCCACUACUUUCACAACUCCCCUUUCAUUAGGAGGUGUUGCCUCUGUCGUGUGGUGCUGGCUUGCGGGUUCUAUCAUGAAUAUAUCUUUAGGUGCUUCAAUAGCUGAACUGGUCUCUGCAUACCCUACUGCUGGUGGUGUCUACACUGCUUCAUCUGCUCUUUGCCCACGGCGGUGGAGGCCCAUUGUCGGAUGGGUCACCGGUUACAUGAACACUUUGGGACAAAUUGCUGGUGUUGCUUCAACAGAAUGGGGUCUCUCAGGCAUGAUUCUUGCCGCCGUAGUGGUUUGCCGAGACGAUUAUGAGAUUGUAAACUGGCACCAGUUCCUUCUUUUCAUCGGGCUUCUGGCCAUACACGGUAUCCUGAACUCUCUCCCCACAGCCAGUCUUGCGCGCUUGACUAGAGGUUUCGUCUUCAUCAACAUAGGAGCUGCCAUCGUCAUCGUCAUUACUCUUCUCGCCUGCACCCCUCGAAGUGAAAUGCAUCCUGGGAGCUAUAUCUUUACUGAGGUGUCCAACAACUCUGGUUGGGCCAGUAAUGGGCUGGCGGUGGCUAUGGGACUGCUGUCUGUGCAAUGGACUAUGACGGAUUACGAUGCCGCUGCGCACAUUAGUGAGGAAGUCCACCGGGCUGCCAUCGCUGCUCCCGUGGCCAUCUUUGUAGCCGUCAUCAACACCGGUGCAAUCGGUUGGAUCCUCAACAUCACUCUCUGCAUCUGUGCCGGCGACGUCACCCAACUCCCCGGUCCAUCUGGAAAUGCCUUCCUGGGCAUCAUGCAGAUGCGCAUGGGUACCGCCGGCGCUAUGGUCCUCUGGUCAUUCACCUGCCUCGUCGCCACCUUUACCGUCCAAACUGCUCUUCAAGCCAACUCUAGAACCGUAUUCGCGUUUUCCCGAGACGGUGCUUUGCCGGAUAGGGGUCUCUUUGGUAUCGUGAAUGAGAAGACAAAGACACCGAUCUAUGCUGUGUGGCUGGUUGUCGGUAUCAGUGCGUUGAUGGGAUGUCUGUCCUUUGCGAGUUUGACGGCUGUGAAUGCUGUCUUCUCUAUGUGCGCUGUCGCCAUGGAUUUGUCUUAUAUCAUCCCGGUCAUCUGCCGAAGAGUCUUCGAAGGCCACCCCGAAGUUCAAUUCAAGCCUGGACCUUUCUACAUGGGCAAAUGGGGCUACCUUGUCAACAUCAUCAUGGUUCUUUGGACUCUGUUCGAAGUCACCAUCCUCUGCUUCCCCGAGACCUUCCCCCUCACAUGGGACACCUUCAACUACGCCGCUCCAAUCACCAUGGCCGUCAUGGCCCUCUCGCUCGUGUGGUACGUUGCCGCCGGCAGAAAAUGGUACGAAGGUCCAAGGAGCAAUCUCGAAGAGACCGAGACCGAACAAGCCUUCAAGCCUCAGCCUUUCGACGCUUAAAACCCCCCCGCCGCCGAUUUUCAAUUUUGCGAUCAAAUUUUUCCAAAUCCCAAAUGCCAAUUCAUCCUGGCUUUUUUUCUCGACAUAUGCCCCAACCGGUUCCCCGUGCGCUCCUGAAUAUACUCGACGAGUUGCGCAACGGCCGGGAAAACUUGCGUUUCAAAAACGCAGCGCGUCGUUUGCUGUUUAACCAGCUGUUUCCCCACCCAACACCCACAAUACAAGAAAGAGUCUUCUUCACAUAACGAUAUACGACCUAGGGUAAUAUGUUUGUCUUGUAUAAUUUGUAGAAUGUAUCAGCUACUUAUCGAUCCUCAA